AUGUUCAAGUGGGCGCAACAAAAGCUCGCCGAUGUGGCGGGUACCCAAGAGCCCAUCUACGGACCCUCAGCCAUCAAGUCCGUCGCCGAGGAGGCCAAGGAGAUCACCUUCACCGAGCUCACCAAGGACCAUCUCAAAUGGAUUGCCGCCGACUCCACCUCGGUCGAGACCCAGAGCUUCUACCUGAUGGGUGAUGAAGGGCACAUUGGAAUGGCCCAGGUCAUUUACAGCAACGUUGGCGGCAUCCGCACGACCUGCCAGUUCAACGUCAAGAUCUGGUAUCCCAACAACUCGAAGCCCAUGCUCUGGGAGGCCACCCCCCUCAACCAUUACGAGAUUAGCGAAGAUCGGUACUCCUUCUUCGCCGACGACUGCGCCGUCGAGCUGUCCGCGGACGGCACCUUCUACACCAUCAAGAGCAUGAACUCGGACAACGCUCUCGUCAACCUCAAGGUUACCCGCACCUCGCCCGGUUUCCACGCCGGCAAGACUGGCAAGACGCUGUUUGGCACCGACCUGUCUAAGCCCUGGGGCACCAUGCGUCAUGCCUUCUGGCCCCGUUGCGCCGUCGAGGGCACCAUCACCACCAAGGCGGGCCCCGUCAACUUCACGGGCAGGGGUUUCUACGUGUACGCGCUGCAGGGUAUGAAGCCUCACCACGCCGCCGCCAAGUGGAACUUUGUCGACUUCCAGGGCCCCAACUACUCGGCCGUCAUGAUGGAGUACACCACGCCGCCCUCGUACGGCUCAACGGUGGUUAGCGUUGGUGGCAUCGCCAAGGACGGCGAGCUGAUCUACGGCGGCGUCACGCAGACUGCCACACACACCAAGUCCAAGAGUGAUAGCGUCAACGAGUGGCCCGAGCCCGAGGAGAUCAAGUUCACCUGGUCCGGCAAGGACAAGGAUGGCAAGGCAGUCGAUGGCUCCAUCGUGGGCGCCUUGGAGGAGAGACUCGACAGGGUGGACGUUCUGGCUGAGGUUCCUGGCUUCGUGAAGAAGAUAGUAGCUGGAACGGCGGGCACCAAGCCAUAUAUCUACCAAUUCUGCCCGACAAAGAACAAGCUUUCCUUGAAGCUUAAGAUCGGAGACCAAGAGAUCUCCGAGGAAGGACUUUGCUACUGCGAGUCCACCUUCAUUUCUGAAUGA